GGAGCCCACUAGGGGGCGGGGCGCGCUCGUGGCAACCAUUCCGUGGUCCCCAAGUGCUGCUGUUCCUGCGAGACUGUUCCAGGGGUACGGGUCCGGCUGCGAGCUGUUUUUAAAAGAAAGAUGGAAAGCGGCACAGUUUUGCUGGAAUCCAAAUCUUCACCAUUGAACCUUCUGCAUGAGAUGCACGAGCUCCGACUUCUGGGCCAUCUUUGUGACGUCACAGUCAGAGUAGAGUAUCAGGGUGUCUGUGAAGACUUCAUGGCCCAUAAAGCAGUGCUGGCAGCCACCAGCAAGUUUUUUAAGGAGGUGUUCCUGAAUGAGAAGAGUGUGGAUGGUACCAGGACUAAUGUCUGCUUAAAUGAACUUCAGGUCGUUGACUUUGCUUCAUUUCUGGAGUUUGUCUAUACGGCCAGGGUGCAGGUAGAAGAGGAUCGGGUGCAGCGGAUGCUGGAAGUGGCUGAAAAGCUAAAGUGUUUGGACCUGACUGAAACAUGCUUUCAGCUCAAGAAGCAGAUGCUGCAGUCAGUCCUUCUGGAAUCACAGAGUUUCCCUGAGUCUCAGGAGGUGGAGGCCAGCAGUGGCCCCCAGGUGAGUGUGACCCCCAGCUCCCAAGCAAGCGUAUCAGGGGAGGAUGCUCACUCCAGUGGCCUUGCUGAUACCUCUAACUAUCCAAUAGAGAGUUUUGAUAAUGGCCUCUUGCCAGAAAUACCAUCCAGGAAGUGCAAGGAGAAAUUAGACAAGAAGAAAGAUGUGGCUAGGCCUCCCUACCCUAAAAUCAGAAGACUUAGUGGGAGGCUAGCUGGAAGAAAAGUGUUUGUGGAUAUCCCUAAAAAGAAAUAUACAAGAAGGCUCCGAGAGCAACAGACAAUUGCGGAGGAGGAAGCUGCAGAGAAUGACAGGUGUCCCCAGGACCAAAGCGCAGCCCAUGAAAGGACGGGGACGGAACCAGCUUCCAAAAGUGAGGCUUCCCCUGCUGGUGUGAAACUGGAGGAAAGCCUGCAGAAAGUGGAGGGGGAGAAGGAGGGUGAAGAAGGGAAGGAUGGGGAGAAGAGGAGUAACUUCCAGUGCACAGUCUGUGAGAAGGCCUUCCUGUAUGAGAAGAGUUUCCUGAAACAUAUCAGGCACAACCACGGCAUGGCCACCGAAGUCGUGUACCGAUGUGACACCUGUGGCCAGACCUUUGCCAACCGCUGCAACCUGAAGAGCCACCAGCGCCACGUGCACAGCAGCGAGCGCCACUUUCCAUGUGAGCUGUGUGCAAAGAAGUUCAAGCGUAAGAAGGACGUGAAACGGCAUGUGCUGCAGGUGCACGAGGGUGGAGGCGAGCGGCACCGCUGCGACCUGUGCGGCAAGGGCUUGAGCUCCAAGACUUCUCUGCGGAUGCACGAGCGCACACACACGGGCGACAGGCCCUAUGGCUGCACCAAGUGUGAGGCCAAGUUCUCACAGCCCUCAGCGCUGAAGACCCACAUGAGAAUUCAUACAGGGGAAAGACCUUUUAUCUGUGAUGAAUGUGGUGCAAGAUUCACUCAGAACCACAUGCUGAUUUAUCAUAAAAGGUGCCACACAGGUGAAAAGCCUUUCAUGUGUGAGACAUGUGGCAAGAGUUUUGCUUCUAAGGAGUACUUGAAACACCAUAAUAGAAUCCACACUGGAUCUAAACCCUUUAAAUGUGAAGUGUGUUUGCGGACCUUUGCCCAGCGGAAUUCCCUUUACCAGCAUGCUAAAAUCCACACAGGAGAGCGGCCUUAUUGUUGUGACCAGUGUGGGAAGCAGUUCACCCAGGUAAAUGCCCUCCAGCGCCACCAUCGCAUCCACACGGGAGAGAAACCGUUCAUGUGCAAUGCGUGUGGGCGAACAUUUACUGACAAGUCCACUCUCCGGAGACACACCUCGAUACAUGAUAAGAAUACGCCGUGGAAGUCUUUCCUUGUCAUUGUAGAUGGCUCACCUAAGAAUGACGAAGGACAUACGACAGAACAACCCGAUGAUGAAUGUGUAUCACCCAAACUUUCAGGUAGAUUAUUAUCUUUUGGUGAAAAUAGCCAUUUUAACAACAUAUUGGAAGUUCAAGGCAGUGUGCCUGCCGUGCAGGAGAAUAAUUCCACAGACACUGCUUGCAAAACAGUGGUGUCUCAGGAUGCUCUUCUCACCACUACCAUCAGUGAGCUUGGUGAGCUGACGUCACAGACAGGCUCAAUACCUGCACACCUUCCCACCUUGACCAACAUGGAGUGAGAGCCUGAAGUUGUGUGCUGAACAGUCUGUAAUUGCCGCAUUCCAGGUGACGCCAGGGGCUGAGAAAAAAAAGUUGUCUAUCCAGAGAUAUAGGCAAGACUGGCCUUGAACAUUUCCCCAAACUUCCACGACCUUGCACGCAUGUACCACACUUAAAGCUUUUCCAGAAACAUUCUGAUCUGCAUGAUCUUAGCUACAUUUCAUCAACAAAUACGGCACUUAGCACCGAUCCCUUAACCCUGGUGUAGCUGUACCUGUCAGUCACACUAAUGCUUGAUUCCCUUGAUGUCUAAACCACUGCUUGUCUUUAUCAGAGUACACAGCACUGACCCAGCUUGGGAAGGUGCUGUUCGUGGUCUCCUGGUCUCGCCCUGCCUUAUACUUCCAUGUGUGUUUACUUAACUCUGAUCCUCUUAGGGCAUUUUUCUACAAAGUUAGCUAUUUCUUCCUUACUGAGAUAAAAGAAAAUGGGAUUUGUUCUGGGGAUCCUAAGAUGGAACUGAAGGUUGCAUUUGUUCCUCCCUAAUCCUCUAUUUGUACACGCGAAGAGGAAUGACACACUGAACGUUUCCGUGUAGUACCUUAGCAUGUGUGCAGGUAGGGAGUUGGUCAUAAAAUUCAACCUGGGAUGAGAUGUGGCUGUUAAUUUCAUUCCCUAAAUCAGAUUAAGUCAAAGCUGUCCUACCAAAGAAUCUCACAAAAUAGUCGUCUCGUUGGCAGAGGUGUGAGAAAUGAAGAGGAGGUGUCAGAACACUUGACUAGUCGCAUUUUCACAACCAGCCUGCUGAGUGAGCCCGGCAAAUCUCAAGGACUUCUGCCAGGCUUUUCUAGAACGUCCAGAGUCCCCACAGUGGAAGGUGACACAGACUAGUAACUGCUACAAAGCCACCUCUUUAGGAGCACAAGGAGCUAGAGGAGUGGUUCUCAACCUGUGGGUAGUGACCCUGCCAUGGGUUUCUAUAGCAUAUUAACAGUACAGUUCAGAACAGCAGCAUAAUUACAGCUAUUAAAGUAGCAACACAAGGAAUUUUAGGGUUGGAGGUAACCACAACAUGAAGAACUGUAUUAAAGGGUCGCAGAAUUAGGACGGUUGAGAACCACUGAUUUAGAGGGUACCAGAAGCCUUGGCAUGCUCAAUUCCUAUGCCUUUUUUUUUUUUUUUUUUUUUUUUUUUUUUUUNUUUUUUUUUUUUUUUUUUUUUUUUGGAUUUUUUCGAGACAGGGUUUCUCUGUAGUUUUUGGUGCCUGUCCUGGAACUAGCUCUGUAGACCAGAGAUCCGCCUGCCUCUGCCUCCCGAGUGCUGGGAUUAAAGGCGUGCGCCACCACUGCCCGGCUCAAUUCCUAUGCCUUAACCAGUGGAUAAAGAACCAGAAAUGUCUCCAAUGUUCCUUUGGCUUUCUCAUGCUGAAUUAUUGCUCAGCAAACUUCACUAUGAAAAAUGCAUUCUGUGGCAUUUGCUAUUCCUGAUGUAUGAACACAGGGCCUUGGGUAUGUGGGCAUUCGCCAUGUGUGACCCGUAAGCAUUAAUUUUAAGAGCGCCUUAAUGGGAGAAUUAUUCUGCUUUCUAGUUGAUGUUUCCUGUUUUUAACUUAUUAAGCUUGCUGUGAGAACACUCUAGUUUCUAAGAGGAAGAUACCUUAAGUUCAGAAUGAAGACAGAGCGCUAUAAUAGAAACUGAGGGUCCUUCCACAGUGCUGACUUUGUGGUAACACCUUCAAGAAAGCCGUUAAAGCCACCAAAAGGUGUUCCAGGCACUUAUACUAUUUCAGACUUGCUCUUGAAGGUUCAGGGCUGAAUUAUCUCACAUUCAGUUACGACCUGGCUAUCCUAGUUGUGUUUACAGACAGAAAAAACUAAAGACUAGUGACUGGCACAUGAUCGUUUUAACUGGUAAGAGCAAACCUGCCCAGCUGAUAAACUGUGUUAUGGAAUAAAGUCAUCUUGAUGAGAAGGAAUUUAAACAAUAGAUUAUUUUGUUACUUAUUGGAAGAGCUGUCUUGAAUUUGUUUCUUUCAAAGUUCUAAAUAAAAUUUAAUGUGUUAAUAAAUGUCUUUGUAAAGGUUC